AUGGAUCUGGUCAAUCACCUCGAAGGGCGCUUACUAUUUGCGGUUCCUAAAAAGGGACGCCUCCAACAAGCAGCGAUUGAUCUCCUCGCAGGCUGUGAUAUCCAAUUCCGCCGCGAAUCCCGUCUUGAUAUUGCUCUGGUAAAAAACCUCGAUAUCGCCCUUAUCUUUCUUCCUGCAGCCGAUAUUCCAACAUUUGUUGGAGAUGGAUGUGUAGAUCUUGGCAUUACAGGCAGAGACCAGGUCAAGGAGCAUGACUCAAGGCUUCCGCCAAAUGAGCCAUCUGGCGUUGAAGAAAUUCUUGAUCUUGGAUUUGGCGGCUGCAAGCUGCAAGUUCAGGUUCCCGCAAAUGGCAGCAUCCAAACAGCCGGAGAGCUCGUGGGAAAGAAUGUUGUCACAAGCUUUACGGGCCUGGCUGAGAGUUACUUUGCGCAAUUAGAAGGUGUGAGUAAAAAGGAAAAUGAUUCUUUGAAUUUGAAAACCAAGAUCAAAUACGUUGGUGGCAGUGUAGAGGCAGCAUGUGCACUAGGUGUGGCUGAUGGGAUUGUUGAUUUGGUUGAAUCUGGUGAAACAAUGAAGGCAGCUGGUCUCAAAGCCAUUGACACAGUCGUUGACAGCACAGCUGUUCUCGUAAAAUCUCACAGAACCACCAACCCACUUGUUGAUCUAAUAACUUCAAGAAUUCAAGGUGUCAUUAAUGCCAAAAAAUAUGUUCUUUGUCACUACAAUAUUCCUCGCAACCUUCUUCCACAGGCAUCAAUAAUUACCCCUGGCAAACGUGCUCCAACUGUGACUGCAAUAGAAGAAAGUGGCUGGGUAGCUGUCAAUUCUAUGGUAGAAAAAAAGUCAAUAGCCAUGGUGAUGGAUGAGUUGACCACAGUGGGUGCAACAGAUAUCUUGGUUUUGGACAUUGCGAAUUCUAGAACAAAAUGA